AUGCCGAAUAUUCUCUUCGUCGCUCUGCAAUGCUUCGAAUGCUCUACUAUGCAGGUGAAGCAGAAGAAGAAAAGCAGCAACAAAUGGGUUUGUGUGGUUUGCAAUCAGAAGCAAUCGGUGACGAAGGUGUUUGCUCAGGGUUACCAGGCUAAGGAGCUCCGUUUCUUCGUUCAGUCCUUUAACAUGUCCCGAAAAGUUGCCGACGAGGAGGAGCAAGCCGUCGCGGAUACGUUACCGGAGGUUGACGCCGACGGAGAAAUUGACGAGGAGAUUUCAGUUGUUCGCGGGAAGAAACGAUCUGAUUGGAGCGAGUACCUCGAUUCCGAUCUACCUAAUGAUCGCCGGAGAUUCACCGUAGAAGAUGACGGCGAAGAAGAUCUGAAGAUUGUGACUGAGAUGCCGAAGGAGAUGUUCAAAAAGCCGAAGCUGAACAAACAUUCUAAUGGUGGUGGUGGAUCAUCAUCAGCUACAGGAUUGGGGAAGAGAGAUGGUGAUGAGCUGUUCAAGCCUUCCUUCUCCAGAAGCAGCAUCAAAAAGCCAGAUUUUCAUUCAGAUGGAGUAAUGAUGAUGAAGAAGGACACAGAACAGAGGAACGUAGAGUCAGGAAGAGUUACCAAGUCUGCUUCAAAAUGGGACGCUUACUUGUUCGAUGACGAAGGAGAACACCAAGCACCAUCGCGAUUUGGUGGAAGAGGAGCCUUGAAGGAUGAUGAUGUUGGAGAAUGGGACAGAGCAAUUAUGGAGAUAAAUUCGAAUUUGCAGAUAGUGGAGGACGAGGUACAUCCAGAUUUUAUGUGA